GUCGUUUCGUAGUAGUAAGAUGAUGGGGGCGUCAGAGUAGUGUUCAGUGUGCCGGGCUUGCGGACAGUCGCAUUAUACGCGCAGACUGCUAGCUUCCACUGCAAAGCGGUAGCCCCGGGAUGACGGAAGUAGAGUUCUCGCCCCCCGUCAAACAAAUGUAGGCGGUAUGAGCGUGUGACGGUGUUUAUUUCUCUGGGGGAAACUAACCUAUAAACUGUAGUUUGCAGCGAGUCCUGUGUUUUGUACCCUUCCCGAUCGAAACCGGACCCCCUUCUGUUCUGGCCCCGGCGGAGAAAUAUGCUUAAGUUUCUCACUCACAAACUUAGGACACAUUCUUUGAAUGAAGAUCAGCCGCACCAGGAUAAGGCAGACGACGACCACGAUUCCGGUACAGAAUCAGACGACGAGCACGGGGAGACGGAAGAUCAAGAAAGCAUUAUGGAGAGUGAGGCAGAGCGCUCCAGCGGGUCCACGGUGAGUCCCGGUCCGUAUGCAGGCAGUGGCAUAACAGCUUGCAGCCCUGCGAGUCCAUACUUCUUGGAUAGCGCACUCCCUAGCGACAGCGAUCACAAUUAUGACCAUCACAGCUCUGAGGAGGAACUGGAGGUGAUCAACAAUCCUACCAACUGCGCUGCCGUCGGAAGUUCCGUGAAGGAGCUGUUGACAUGUCGUAGCGGCAGCGUUAGCACAGUUAUGCCAGAGAAACGCAAGUGGUCUCAAAUCACCGGCGGUUCCACUUGCUCCCUUAGUAAUACUUGUCUGUCUACAAAUUCGUCGGGUCGCUUAACGAUAGCGGGGACUUGUUCUUCCGUUCAUGGCGGGAGUAGUAGUAACAUGGCAUUAAGCGGUGGAGGUGGCAGGGCGUCUGUGGCUGUAAUCACUACCACACCUGCUGCGGAUCAAAGUUCCAGUAGUUCUGAUGAGGAAGUGCAAGGGUUGCUCGCAGCGAUGGCCACACCUGUACAGUUCCGAACGUCCCCGCCGUUGGACGCUCAUAAACCCGGUCGUUCCCUGUCGCCGCCCCCAAAAUUGUUCCAUUAUGGAGGGCACGCAUCUGCCACCACAGCUCUGGAGGUGUCGCCCAGGAAGAGGCAUCGGCACACGCCUCGAGCCCAACACAUUCAGCGGCCCUGUCUAGACUUCGAGAAGAUGCGGCAGUUGAAGGCGCGUGAAGUGACUUCUUGGAGACACAGUGGAGAUCAUGGUGGAGAGCUGUCCGUGUACUGUUGGUGAACCUGCCCAUACUUCACGCCACUUCAUUUGGUUUGGAAGAUGCUGAUGACAGCGGAAAAGGUCAUUGUUGUAUAAUGAGCUGAAGCCGGACUGUGUGCAAUUUCGGAUAUGUUUUUGUGUGUAUGGAGACUGACUGAAGAUACAGAAUGAAGGUGAAAGUUGAAAUAUUUGCCCAUAAUUCUUAAAUAUAUAUAACAGAGAAAAUGAGUUUGAUGAUUCCUCCUCCCAUCGACCCAGAAUGAACUGACAGUAUAUAUUAUAUAAUGAAAUAAGUGGAGGAUAACUUGAUGAACAUUUUAAAACUAGAAGUUAAUUAACACAAAAGAAAAAUAUAUAUAUACUAUAAUACUUCUCUAACACUCUCCAUAGGUAAACCACAUGAACAGUUUUUUAAUUGGCAUGGUAGGGAGAAUGGAAUAUUAGUUGCAGUGAAAGAUUUGGAAUGAGUAUCAUAAUAAAUAUGUGGAUAUAGUCCCAGCCUCUCUCUCUGAAAUAUUGUCUUUCUUUUAAUUUAAUGGAGAUAUUUUUGUAAGAUGUACUGCUAAAGUUCCAUAUGUUUCUACGUUUCCAAUAUAAUUACAGAGCAUUUGCUUUUCAUUUUUAGCGCUUUCCAACUCCAUAUAUGUAAACAUCCAUAAUAUAGCUGUUUUUGUCUGUCUGUUGGCCUUAAUAUAGAAUUAGACAACUGAUAAUCUUUAUAAAGAAAUGAGUGAGUUUAUAGGAAUUUGAUCUAUUAUUGUUGAAUAAAUUUGGCCCAGACAUUGUCUGAUGUCGGACCAAAAGAACAUAGUAUUUGAACAAUUAUCUAAUUUUUAAUGAUAUACUGAUAAGAUUGUUUAGUGCCAGGGACCUCCCCGUACGGGUAUUUGUCAAGUUCAGUUGGAAAGCGUUAGUUAAUGUAUGCAGAUGCAUAUUUUUGCCUUUCUUGUCUUUAUCGAAAUCAUUUUGUUCUCUGAUAGUGUUUCUGUUGGUAGGCUUAAGACAAUAUUACUACCAUGUAUAGGCCAUAAUACGAACAGUUUUAUAUGUCAUAAUUAAAAUUUCCACUUGCGUGUUUUCGAACACUGGCAUGCUUUCUCUACAGGUUACUUUGCUACCAUCUUACUUCCAAUUUUGUAAGAAUUUAUGCCGUAUGAAAAGAACGGAAGAGUUUGACAUUGUUUAGGUCCAAAACAACUUUAAAAAUAAAACGAAUUUUGUUAUGUAAAA